AUGGUCAAAUGCAUAGUCUUAGAGCAAGCUGGACUCAUUGAAGCCAAUGGAGAGCUUAAGGUGUUCAUAGACCAAAACCUUAGUCCUGGAAAAGGGGUUGUUUCUCUAUUGGCUGUUCAUCCUUCUACAGUAAAUACGCUUGGAAAACAGCUCCUGCCAAAAACAUUUGGACAGUCUAAUGUCAACAUUGCACAACAAGUGGUUAUCGGUACACCUCAGAGACCUUCAGCGCCAAAUACUAUCCUGGUAGGAAGCCCACAUACACCUAACACACAUUUUGUAUCACAGAACCAGACUGCUGAUUCUUCACCAUGGUCUGCUGGGAAGCGGAACAAAAAAGGAGAGAAGAAUGGCAAGGGUUUACGUCAUUUCUCUAUGAAGGUUUGUGAGAAGGUACAAAGAAAAGGAACCACCUCAUACAAUGAGGUGGCAGACGAGUUGGUUGCAGAAUUCAGUACCACUGAUAAUCACAUUUCACCAAAUGAAUCAGCUUAUGACCAGAAGAAUAUUAGACGACGUGUCUAUGAUGCCUUAAAUGUCCUUAUGGCCAUGAACAUUAUCUCUAAGGAGAAGAAGGAAAUCAAAUGGAUUGGUCUACCUACUAACUCGGCUCAGGAAUGUCAGAAUUUAGAGGUGGAGAAACAGAGAAGACUUGAAAGAAUAAAACAAAAACAGUCUCAACUACAAGAACUCAUUCUACAGCAAAUUGCCUUUAAGAACCUUGUUCAGCGAAACCGUCAGGCAGAACAACAGGCAAAUCGACCGCCCCCUUCCAAUUCUGUCAUCCAUUUGCCAUUUAUCAUCGUGAACACCAGCAAGAAGACAGUGAUUGACUGCAGUAUUUCAAAUGACAAGUUUGAAUAUCUAUUUAAUUUUGACAAUACUUUUGAAAUUCAUGAUGACAUAGAAGUAUUAAAACGGAUGGGAAUGGCUUGUGGGCUAGAAUCUGGAAGCUGUUCGGCAGAGGACCUAAAAAUUGCAAGGAGUUUGGUUCCUAAAGCUCUGGAACCAUAUGUGACAGAAAUGGCUCAGGGAUCAAUCAGUAGUGUAUAUGUCACAUCUUCAUCAGGUUCUGCAUCAAAUGGCACAAGAUUUUCAGCCAGUGACUUUUCCAAUGGUGGAGAUGGGAUGUUGGCUACAAGUUCCAAUGGCUCUCAGUACAGUGGCUCCAGAGUGGAAACGCCAGUUUCUUAUGUUGGGGAUGAUGACGAUGACGACGAUGACUUUAAUGAAAAUGAUGAUGACGACUGAUGCCCUUUGCUUGUAGACUAUUUUUUGUUAAAAUUCAGCAAGCUUCAGGAAUAAAUUGUUCUAGGGAGAAGUGUCUCAAAUUUCUUUGCCCCAUCCCUCAAGGAGAAUAUUGGUAAGCAGUUCUGAGUUUAGAAAUUGCACCUCUGAUAAGCAAACAAGGAUUGUUUUAUGUAGGAUAUUUUUAAAUGUGGUGUGGAUGUGUGUUUUUGAUACCAGUGUGUUAAUGCAGAGCCUUUAUUUACUCUUGUUUUAGGGGGUUUUGGUUUGUUGGUUGUUUUUUUUCGUUUGAGGCUGUUUGGUUUUGGUUUUUGGUUUGGUUUUUUUUUUUUUUUUACUUGAAGGAAAAUGGAUUUUGCCCCAAAUGUUCUUGCAAAGUUUGCUAAAGAAAAUGUAGACACAUCGUUGAGAAAUAAAAUGCUAUCCUUCUGUGGAAAAUGAAUACACUGAAUGGCAAUUUAUUUGGAGUGUAUUUUGGUUAUGCCACUUUUUGAGGGAUAGUGAGCUAAUGUAGUAGUGUUUUUGUUAAUCACACAGUGUCCAAAGAACCAAACAAGAAAGAUAUGUCCUACUUUUUUACAUGUUAAAUUCCAUAAAUGUUUUGUGAACUUAUUUUCCCUUAAAUUAUAUCUAACAUUAUGAUUCCAUCAAGUUUAUAUACUUUUCACUGUAUGUUGGGACAUUGGAUUGCAAAGAUUUUGGCAAAUGUUUACUGCCAGUUGGUGCAGCUAUAUAAAAUGUUGGUUUGGAAUGAUUUAUUGCUUAUGGUUAAAUUUGCCUGAUUUCUUACAGGCAGACUUUGGAAACUUUUUAUUAUAUAGUUGUUUACAUACUUAUAAGUCUAUCAUAUAAAGACAUGUACUGAAACAAAUGUUUGUAUUUGUUUCAUAAGCAUCUUCCUGUAAUCUAUUAUAAAGUUGAAAUUAAAUAUAGAGAAUGUUUUAAGUUUUUUAACUCAAAAUUUGUCAAUCAUUUUUAAUAGUUCAUUUUUAUACAAGGAAUUUCAGGGCAGGUGGUAGUCUUUUUAAAUUUAUUCACAAACAAUUUAACUGCACAAAUACUGUCAGCUGCCUAUUCUAAGACAGUAGUCUUUUUAUUGAAACACAAAUAAACUUUUCUGUAAUAUUUUAUGGAAUAUAAAGAGACUAUAAUUGUUUGACUUGUUUAACCUUGGCACUGUUAGUUUUUAUUAAUAAAACGCGCAUGGGCAU